UCUUGUUUUUUUUUUUUUUUUUUAACAAUCGCAUACCUUUAUGGGUGAGGCGAUUGGUUCUCAUUUCAUUUAAUCAUCUGUUGCUGACGCGUUUUUUUUUCUUAUAACAAAACUAAUUUCCGUAAAGAGAGCGAGAGAGUGAGAUCGCGAGUCACCUGAAAGCGGCACAAGACCUGCCCCUUUUCAAAUUCAGACACAUACAGACGCGUAGACACAGUCAACUACAAUACUCGCAUGGACCGAGGAGAGGUUUGUGGGUUAAAGUCCCAGCUAGGCAUGAUGGAAGAAGAGUUUUAUUCGUUUGACUUGGACGCUGAAGAUCUGUCUGGGGAGCUCCAUCCCAGCGAGCUUCUCGCUGCCCUGAAACAGAAAGAGCAAGAGUUGAUUCUGGCUGCGGAGCUGGGGACUGCGCUUCUGUCAGAAAACCGACAGUUAAAAGAGCAGAACAACACCCUGCACGAGGAAUAUAGCGACAGGCUUGAGGAGCUGGAACAGGAGAAGCACACGCUGCAGGUCAAGUUUAAGGCACGGCAGGCAGAGUGGGAGAGCCAGGUGUGUGAGCUGGAGAAGGAUGUGAAGGAGCUGAACAGACAGGUGGAGAGGCUGAGCGAGAGCCUGGACCAAGCAGAGAAGGACAAGAGCCAGAGCAUACAGGACUGCAGCGAGCAGAACCAGAGACUGAUAGAACAACUCAACAAGGCGGUGCAGGCCGAGAGGAGCCUCACAGCUGAGCUGCAAACCCUGAAGAAUGAGUUUCAGGAGAAGAACCGCUCCCUGGACCAGGAGGAGGCUGUGCUCCACAUACUGAAGGAGGAGGUGGUUUUGCUGUCCGAGCAGAAGCUAGCCCUGGAGCAGAGGAUUAAUACUGUGUGUUUGGAGGAUGAAGCUCUGCAGGGUAGUCUGAGUUCCCUAAGGGCACAGAUCACACGACUGGAGAGCCAAAGCCUGGAGCAGGCCCUGCAGCUGCGAGAGUCUGCGCGGGAGCUGGAGGCAGCGCGGGAGGGGAGCAGGCAGCUGCAGCUGCAAGUGGAGGAGCUCCAGGAGGAGGUGUGUCUGCAGGAUCACAGCCAGUCCCUGCACAACCUCUCCCUGCAGUCUGAGAUCGAGCAGAGCCUGGAGAACGAGAGCUGGGGCCACGAGAAGGAGCAGAUUACCAGAGAAAUCCAUUCCAUUCGGGAGCAGCUCCAAACAGUGGUUGAUUUGGAAACGUCAGAGAGCCCAGCAGACAGUGUCUUCCAGUCUGCCAGCCUGCACAUAGCGCUGUCUCAGCUCAGCCAGCUAGCUCAGACACUGGCACGGACCCACUCAUCACAGGAAGUGAAGCAGAACAGUGUCUCUCAACAGCAGAAUCCUCGUGAGAACCAGGGUUUAAUAGAGGAGCUGCGCUCUCAGAAUGACCAGCUCAGCAAAGAGAAUUCGGAGCUGAAAGAACGUCUGGAGACAAACCAAGCCGAGCGGCAAUUACAACAAGCCAUUCGAGACCGGGAUGAAGCCAUUGUAAAGAAGAAUGCCAUGGAGUCAGAACUGCUUAAGAGCAGGAAUGACAUGAUGUUGCUGAACAACCAGCUGCUGGAAGCGAUCCAUCGCAAGCUAGAGCUAUCUCAGGAGCUGGAGGCGUGGCAGGACGACAUUCAGAUCGUGAUCAACCAGCAACUGAAGAGCCAGCAGCAGCGUGACGAGAGGAAACACCAGCCAGCCAACAGCACCAACUCGCUGGCCUUCCUGCGUCGGCCCAGCAGACUCAACACUGAGAAGAAGAGUUUCUUCUCUCUCUUCAGGACCUGAGCCCCCAAACCCGACCCGCGGAACGAGGGUCGAACCCACAGAGACCGGUGUUAGCCUCCUGGACAACAUGGGAGGGGUCAGCCCACAUCUCAGGCCCAGACGAGACACAACUGCAAGGAUGCAUUCUGGGAAGCACUACGCCAAGGAGUCAUCUCCUUGAACAUUUUUAAUAUGAAGGGUUAAUGAUCUGCCUAAAACCUCAUUUAUAAAGCUUUCAUUAAGCUAGAAAAGCUUUUUAAAAUGUGUGUUUUUUUUUUACAGCAGAUUUAUGUGCAGGUACAGUCAGUGUUUGACUUCUGUUCAUGCAAGUUGCUAACGACAAUGGAAAACUACGGCGAUAUACCAUAUAAUUAAGUUAAAAACAGGACAGAUUCUGUUUUAAAGUGUAUAUGUUUUUUUGUAAUGAAUAGGUGAUUACAUGUUGUUUAAUAUGUACAUAGAAAGGUAAAAGAAACAUAACGCUGUGUAAAUGUGCACUGUAGGAAUGGGGCUUUUUUAUUUCAAUUAUAUUCGGUCUGUAGCUAUAAUAAAGAUCAGUACAGAAGACUUACUGUAACUAUUAAUGCCAUCUGCAAAGCAAUCAGCUUCAGAAGUUCAUGUGCAAGAAACGAGGACCAAUGUGACAUACAGAAGACUUACUGUAACUGUUACAAUCAGCUUCAAUGUGAAGUACCGAUGUAUAACAUGCCAAAUAUUUUGGUGUAUAACAGUAUAUUGAACUUUGUGUCAAUGCUUUUUUUUUCAGUUUGACACAUCGUACUGGGAGCUUAAAGUCAUAAAUUGUAACAAUUGUAAAUUCUGGUGCUCAUUUUAUUUUUAGUGUCUUGACCAAAGGCAUGCAGUUCGUAGGGUUUGUAUCAGCUGAAAUAUUUUGCUGACCAUGCGUAAGUCACAGAUCUUAGCUGACUCCUUUCCAAAAUCACUCCCAACAAUCCUGAUGUCUGAAAUGAACAAGUAAUAUUAGAUUGUUUUAUAAUGUAAAAUAAAUACCUUUUUUAUAUUUAA